GAUACCAGAUACUAGUGAAGCAACCUUGUGGGUGCAAGUCAUCAUUCAAAGCCCUUUUUAUUUCUUGCUAGUCAGAGUCAUUGUUUCAUAUCACAAGCAGAGAUUUGUCUGCUGUCUCGCCUCUCCACACAACAACCCGCCAGCCUGUUGCUUUGACGCUAGAGGGCGACAGAGCUCUAAAAUGAACCACCAGAACCCUCCAGCGGCACCGAUGCACUUCUAUCCGGACCGGAAGUUUUACCACGACAGCUACUCCCACCACACGCUCCCAGAGCACGUGCACUUCCCGCACGAGUGUCCCCGGAAGGUCCCGUACAUGCUCAACGUCCCAACAGCGGAGCCUCGUCCACACUCGCACCACUGCAACCAGGAGAUGCUGGAGCGACUGCGCAUGCUCUCUAGUGACGGAGUUGCAGGUUCUGAUCCGAACCAGCAGGCGGACGAUUCGUCACAGAAGCGAGUUCUGCGCUUGAUCAGCAACAGGAUCGCGGCUCGCGAGUGUCGCCAGAGGAAGAAAGACUACCUGAGACACCUGGAGAUACGGGCCCAUGACCUGGAGAGGCAGAACCACAUGCUGAUGGAGGAGAUCAGAAGUCUGAGGGCAGCCAACGGAAACACCAACGAGUGAAGGAAGAGAAGAGGCUUCUGUGGAUCCGCGCUCUGCAGCUCUUCCAGACCUGACAUGGAUCUCCAUCAGGGUCUCCUGCAGCCCUGAUGAAUCUAAUCAAAUCUAGAAGAACAUGAAUGAAUCAGUUAUUUGCCUUCGAUUGUGCUCAGAAUAUAAAAGACUCAGUGUGUUUGUGUUUGGAUUAAAGUCCUGGAGCGACUCCUCACAUCACUUUUCUUAAGUUCCUGUCAUGAUUCCUCACUGAUCAGGUGACGUCCUUCAGUUCGAUCAACCUCCAAAACAAGUUUGUCAGGAUCUCCCUGCAGCAGAAGAG